CGAGGGGGCCGGGCCGUGCGCGGGCUGCGGCCCUGCUCCGCGCCGCCAGCCGCCGCCCCUCCGCCCGCCCCGGGGCUCCCCGCGGGCACCAUGCAGGCGCAGCAGCUGCCCUACGAGUUUUUCAGCGAGGAGAACGCGCCCAAGUGGAGGGGGCUGCUGGUGCCUGCGCUGAAAAAGGUUCAGGGGCAAGUUCAUCCUACUCUUGAGUCUAAUGAUGAUGCUCUUCAGUAUGUUGAAGAAUUAAUUUUGCAGUUAUUAAAUAUGCUAUGCCAAGCUCAGCCCCGGAGUGCUUCAGAUGUGGAGGAACGUGUUCAAAAAAGUUUCCCUCAUCCAAUUGAUAAGUGGGCAAUAGCUGAUGCCCAGUCGGCCAUUGAAAAGAGGAAGAGAAGAAACCCUUUAUCCCUGCCAGCAGAAAGAAUUCAUCACUUAUUAAGAGAGGUCCUAGGUUAUAAAAUUGACCACCAGGUUUCUGUUUACAUAGUAGCAGUAUUAGAAUACAUUUCUGCAGAUAUUUUAAAACUGGUGGGGAAUUAUGUAAGAAAUAUACGGCAUUAUGAAAUUACAAAACAAGACAUUAAAGUGGCAAUGUGUGCUGAUAAGGUAUUGAUGGAUAUGUUUCAUCAAGAUGUAGAAGAUAUAAAUAUCUUAUCUUUAACUGAUGAAGAGCCUUCCACCUCAGGAGAGCAAACUUAUUAUGAUUUGGUAAAAGCAUUCAUGGCAGAAAUUCGACAAUAUAUAAGAGAAUUAAAUCUAAUUAUAAAAGUUUUUCGAGAACCCUUUGUCUCUAAUUCCAAAUUGUUUUCAUCUUAUGAUGUAGAAAAUAUAUUUAGUCGUAUAGUAGAUAUACAUGAACUUAGUGUAAAGUUACUGGGCCAUAUAGAAGACACUGUAGAAAUGACAGAUGAAGGCAGUCCCCACCCAUUAGUAGGAAGCUGUUUUGAAGACUUAGCAGAAGAACUGGCAUUUGACCCAUAUGAAUCAUAUGCUCGGGACAUUUUACGGCCUGGAUUCCAUGACCGCUUCCUUAGUCAGUUAUCAAAGCCUGGGGCAGCACUUUAUUUGCAGUCAAUAGGCGAAGGCUUCAAAGAAGCUGUUCAGUAUGUGUUGCCCCGGCUGCUGCUCGCCCCUGUGUACCACUGUCUGCAUUACUUUGAACUUCUGAAGCAGUUAGAAGAAAAGAGUGAAGACCAAGAAGACAAAGAGUGUGUGAAACAAGCCAUAACAGCCCUGCUUAAUGUCCAAAGCGGCAUAGAAAAAAUAUGCUCCAAAAGUCUUGCAAAACGAAGACUGAGUGAGUCUGCAUGUCGGUUUUAUAGCCAACAGAUGAAGGGGAAACAACUAGCAAUCAAGAAAAUGAGCGAGAUUCAGAAGAACAUUGACGGUUGGGAGGGAAAAGACAUUGGACAGUGUUGCAAUGAGUUCAUAAUGGAAGGAACUCUUACACGUGUAGGAGCCAAACACGAGAGACACAUAUUUCUCUUCGAUGGCCUAAUGAUUUGCUGUAAAUCAAAUCAUGGGCAGCCAAGACUUCCUGGUGCUAGCAAUGCAGAAUAUCGUCUUAAAGAAAAGUUUUUUAUGCGAAAGGUACAAAUUAAUGAUAAAGAUGACACCAGUGAAUACAAACAUGCUUUUGAAAUAAUUCUAAAAGAUGGAAAUAGUGUUAUAUUUUCUGCCAAGUCAGCUGAAGAGAAAAACAACUGGAUGGCAGCACUGAUAUCUUUGCAGUACCGGAGUACUCUGGAGAGAAUGCUUGAUGUAACAAUGCUGCAGGAGGAGAAGGAGGAGCAGAUGAGGCUGCCUAGUGCUGAUGUGUACAGGUUUGCAGAGCCAGACUCCGAGGAGAACAUUCUGUUUGAAGAGAACGUGCAGCCCAAGGCUGGGAUUCCAAUUAUCAAAGCAGGGACUGUGAUUAAGCUGAUUGAGAGGCUUACAUACCAUAUGUAUGCAGAUCCCAAUUUUGUUCGGACGUUUCUUACAACAUACAGAUCCUUUUGCAAACCUCAAGAACUACUGAGUCUUAUAAUAGAAAGAUUUGAAAUUCCAGAGCCUGAGCCAACAGAAACUGAUCGAAUAGCUAUAGAGAAUGGGGGUCAGCCCCUGAGUGCAGAGCUGAAAAGGUUUAGAAAGGAAUAUAUCCAACCUGUGCAGUUGCGAGUGUUAAAUGUCUGUCGGCACUGGGUGGAGCACCACUUCUAUGACUUUGAGAGAGAUGCAGACCUGUUACAAAGAAUGGAGGAAUUUAUUGGAACAGUAAGAGGUAAAGCAAUGAAAAAAUGGGUCGAAUCCAUCACUAAGAUAAUCCAAAGGAAAAAAAUUGCAAGAGACAAUGGCCCAGGUCAUAAUAUUACAUUUCAGAGUUCACCUCCCACAGUUGAGUGGCACAUAAGCAGACCUGGGCACAUAGAGACUUUUGACUUGCUCACCUUACACCCAAUAGAAAUUGCUCGACAACUCACUUUACUUGAAUCAGAUCUAUACCGAGCUGUACAGCCAUCAGAAUUAGUUGGAAGUGUGUGGACAAAAGAAGACAAAGAAAUUAAUUCUCCCAACCUUCUGAAAAUGAUUCGCCACACCACUAACCUCACUCUGUGGUUUGAGAAAUGUAUUGUAGAAACAGAAAACUUAGAAGAAAGAGUGGCUGUGGUGAGUCGAAUAAUUGAGAUUCUACAAGUCUUUCAAGAGCUGAACAACUUCAAUGGUGUCCUUGAAGUUGUCAGUGCUAUGAACUCGUCACCUGUUUACAGGCUAGACCACACAUUUGAGCAAAUAUCAAGUAGACAAAAGAAAAUUUUAGAAGAAGCUCAUGAGUUGAGUGAAGAUCACUAUAAGAAAUAUUUGGCAAAACUCAGGUCUAUUAAUCCACCAUGUGUGCCUUUCUUUGGAAUUUAUCUCACUAAUAUCUUGAAAACAGAAGAAGGCAACCCUGAAGUCCUAAAAAGACAUGGGAAAGAGCUUAUCAACUUCAGCAAGAGGCGGAAAGUGGCUGAGAUAACAGGAGAGAUCCAGCAGUACCAAAACCAGCCUUACUGUUUACGAGUAGAAUCAGAUAUCAAGAGGUUCUUUGAAAACUUGAAUCCAAUGGGAAAUAGCAUGGAGAAAGAAUUCACAGACUAUCUUUUCAACAAAUCCCUAGAAAUAGAACCACGGCACCCUAAGCCUCUUCCAAGAUUUCCAAAAAAAUACAGCUAUCCCCUAAAAUCUCCUGGUGUUCGUCCAUCAAACCCAAGACCAGGAACCAUGAGACAUCCCACACCUCUGCAGCAGGAGCCAAGAAAAAUUAGUUACAGUAGGAUCCCUGAAAGUGAAACAGAAAGUACAGCAUCUGCACCAAAUUCUCCGAGGACACCACUGACACCUCCUCCUGCAUCCGGUGCUUCCAGUGCCACAGAUGUUUGCAGCGUGUUUGAUUCUGACCAUUCAGCAAGCCCUUUUCACUCAAGCGGCGAUACUGUCUUUGCCCAGGUUACGCUGCCCCAUGGCCCAAGAUCUGCUUCAGUCUCAUCUAUAAGUUUAGCCAAGGGCACUGACGAAAUGCCUGUGCCCCCUCCAGUCCCCCCACGAAGACGGCCAGAGUCAGCCCCAGCAGAGUCCUCCCCUUCCAAGAUUAUGUCUAAGCACUUGGACAGUCCCCCAGCUAUUCCUCCUAGGCAACCCACAUCAAAAGCUUAUUCACCACGAUAUUCAAUAUCAGAUCGGACCUCUGUAUCAGACCCUCCUGAAAGCCCUCCCUUGCUACCACCACGAGAACCUGUGAGGACACCUGAUGUUUUCUCAAGCUCACCAUUGCAUCUCCAGCCUCCCCCGUUGGGCAAAAAGAGUGAGCAUGGCAAUGCCUUCUUCCCAAACAGCCCUUCCCCUUUCACACCACCACCUCCCCAAACCCCUUCUCCUCAUGGCACAAGAAGGCAUCUGCCAUCACCACCACUGACACAGGAAGUGGACCUCCAUCCCAUUGCUGGGCCUCCUGUUCCUCCACGACAAAGCACUUCUCAACUUAUCCCUAAACUCCCUCCAAAAACUUACAAAAGGGAGCACACACACCCAUCCAUGCACAGAGAUGGACCGCCACUGUUGGAGAAUGCUCAUUCUUCCUGAGUUCCUCUAAACUGGAUAUACAGUUGCCUAGCCCCAAAUCCAUUGCUGGCAAUGGAUGCACUGAACAUGCCAGCACUGAGGAGUUAAAUCGAGAACUCCAAACACUAAUGACUCUACUUCAAGAUGUAUUAUAAGACAAUGAAUUUUAACCUACACGUAAAAAUAAGAUGGUAUUCCAGCGUAGACUGUGGAGACUGAUCUAGAGGAAUUGAACAACUGACUGCACCUGGAACUCACGUGAAGGGACUUUUCUGGCCAAUAGGAAAGGGUCCUCAUUUUGUGAAGUGAUCUUUAUCAUUAAAGGGAUGGAAAACAGUCUAAUGUCCAACAGGCCCAUGUGUUGACAGUUUUUGUAAUUCAAAAUAUUAUGCACUUUUAAAAAAAACUCUUAAACAGGGAUCUUAUUCUCCUCUUUGUUUUUCGUUGCUUUACUCUUCUACGUUAGAAUACUUUCAUAAAAAUCAUGAUGAGGACUGUGAGAAAGGCUGUGGUGCCUGGCCUUGUUGAAAUCAAGGCCAGCACUGUACUACAGUCCUGUUUACAGGUUAUUACAGUGAAUUGAAUGGGUACCGAGGCUUCACCAAAGAGGUACUUUUUGUUAUUGUUUUAAGAAUAAUUAUACCAAUUUUAAGAACAUUCCCUAUCUACCCCACUCACAAACAAAAUGUGGUGGUGUUGCCUUCAAGAAAUCUCAUGUCAUUAACGUGAUGGAAGAUCUUUUUUAAAAUGCAACUGUCAAGUAUACUAUUUACACUUAGGAGACUGUUAAUCUAUGCUAGACUGUCAUCCCCCACCCCCUUUGUCCCACAGAAGUUUACUGGUAAUAUAUGUCCUGUCUCGUGGCUGUCCCUCUAACAUACUACAGAAAUGCAGACACCCAAUGUGAAAAGGAGCACUCUGGGCCUCACCAACACCAUUCACGUUUUACUAAUAGUUGAGUAGUUAGCAUACCUGGAAUUACCUUGCAUUGCUAAAUCAUGUGUAUAUAGUGAAUGUUACAGAAUAUACCUGACAGCUCUGUUUUUAUUUAAUUGAAUAAAGAUAAACUACUUUGUUUGGCUGGCAUCUAUUAAAUUAUUAUAUGGAGAAAAUGUUUGGUUCUUCUUUCUUUCGGUUGGACAACAUACACUAAGCAUAGAAGCACAUGUGAUGGUGUGCCUGGGUGUCUGGUUCUCACAGAAGAGUCUGAAGCUGGAGUCUGGCAUGUCGGGAAACCCUGCCUUUAGAUGGGAUAGGCAGCUUUUAAAGCAGAACCUUGCAGGGAUUUUGUUUUUGUUUUUAAAUUUCUUGAGCAACCAUUCAUGUUUGUUAAGGUUUAUACUGAACAUUCUACUUUGCUUAAGGUCUUUACUUCCAUCAGAGCUACUCCUCACAACCUACCUGCAGCGUUAAUAUCAGCGUGAUUAUUCAUGAAGCCUUGUACUGCUCUUCUGAGUAACAACUACUGUGACUGAAAUGCAUGCAACUUGAAGAGAAAAUGUUUUCUUAUUCUCCAUUCUGUCUGUGAACUGUGUAGUACUCCAUUCUUAGACAGUCAUCAGUUCAUCAGAAUGUGCAUGUGUCCUCGGAAUAAUGAAGCAGCAUUUCAGUAAUUCUGUUAACUGUGCUGCAUCAUGGUGGGAACUCAGGACAUUCAUAACUUCGUGGGGCAUUUACUACAGCAUUACAUGUACAUCUCAGUAGUACAGGAUAUAGUCUUCUAAGAUCAGAAAGGACAGUAAUUGUAUCCACCACUAGGUAGUCUGUCCUAUCAUGUCCUUGUUUAUUUGUUAGAGUUUAAUUUUUUUCACUCAGUGUCUGUACCAUUCCUGUAGCCGUUUUUCUCUUUGUAAGAUGUCUCCUUUUUUUAAGAGUCCUCAAAAGUUAACUUCAAAUGCCUUCUUGGAUGUAAAGUGCCCGUAAGACCAUUUAUUGAACAAGUGAGCAUUCAUUCAAUAAAAAUAGCUAAGCCUACUUACUAAUGCUGCUCCGUAUGAUUGUAAAUGCACAUCCCACAAUCUCCCAUCAUGGUUUAGACCAGCCUAGCUGUCCCUAGAAUUUCCUAUGGUUUACUGAUCAUGUUUUGAUCAUUCCAUCCGUACUUCAAAGGAGACCCUAAGAAAAGCAACAUUAGAACCCAUUCAGUAUUUCUGGAAAGUGUUGCCUUCAAUGUCUUUCAUUCUGCCUGCGCCAACAAUGAAGGGAAAGCUCGGAUUUGGAGUUAAUUGUAUUUCUCCCAAAAGGAACCAUUCUCUGCCCCACUGUUCUAGUAGACUACACCAGGAAGCCAUUUUAUAUGCGUCAUGGACAGAGGAUAUUUUUAUUCUCAAAUAUGACAUAUUGGCAAAAAUAUUUUCUAUAUAGGAACUGAUUUUGAAAAUUCUAGUUGGAUGUCCUGAGGAGAAGGUGAGCAAGCUGUCCUGUUAACUGUUAUCUGGCUGGCCAAUUUAUCCUUAGCCAUACUAAAUGUAUCGGGGACAAGAGUUGGCAAGAAAACAAAUGCCCCAUUACGAAACUACAUCUGAAUCCAGGCCAUUACAAGGCGGCCAGUGCGGCAAACCUUGCUUAACUGUAUCCCCAAAUAUGGGACAUUUCUUCCAGAAAUCGGUGUCAACAAGUGUUUUUUUACAUUUAGAUCACAAAAUGAAAGUUCCUCUUGGGUUCAUAAACAAUAUAAUAGAAAUGCUUUUUACAGCUAAGCACUCUGAAAAACAGGGACAGACAAAUACAUGUUUCUAAAUUGUUAUGCCUUCAAAUGUGUUUGAAGACUACAAAAUGACAAAUAUUGAAAGUCUUCCUAAUUAAAAACUUUUGCUUAAAUAAAGGUUGUUGGGCAUAAAAUUGUGGGUUUAGUAGAUUACUAUUCUCCGACUGAGUGUUUGAAUGGAUCUGAAUUGAGCCAAGAGCCAACAUCUGAAUUGAGCCAACAUUCUACUAAAGUACUAUUUAAAUUGGAGGCUAUGCUAUGAUUCCAAUUUCUUCCUUAAUGCAAACCCAAAGUGGUAUUUAUCAUAAUGAUGUUGCAAUUAAAUUUUGCUCAUGUUAUUUCAUUAUCUUAAUAUAAUGGCCUAAAUUAGGGAUAUUUAGUGGCUCUGAAAAAUAGAUGGGGAUGUUGUCCCAGCUAGAGUACACACAGAAGAAAACCCUUACUACCCCUCUUCAGAUUAAAAAUCAAGGCAACCAUUUAUCCCUGGUUUGCUGCUGCCGGAUGGGUUUUUAUGCUUUCCAUCUCUGUUGUUUGGCUGUUGUGCAGGUGCAGGUUCUGUGUAUUGCACAUUAAUCUUCACCAGUAAAUACACAACACAAGGUUACUGUCAAUUUGACUAAAAGAGAAUUAUGCAGUAAAAUGCGAAGGAAAGUGAUGGCUUUAUUGAAUGUUUUCUUUCAUUUAGAACAGUACUAACUUUUAAAAUAAUUUCAUAUUCUUUUAUACAUAGGGCAGUGAAAUAUUCUGAAAAAACAGCUCUACAUGAUAAAUCUAAACAACAAAGCACUUGUAAAUUCUUUUUAAGUUUCAUGCCUUAUUUUCCAUUUUUGACACCAUGAAGUGCAUUUCUGUCAACUGUGAGCAAAUUUCCCUUUUGCCUUUAAUAAAAAUAGUGCAUUAAGUAGCCAGUUGCUGAAAAAUUAUAAAGCAAGUUAGCUAAAGGUGGGUCACACUGGACUACCACCCAAAGAACCAGGAUACACAAAAGAUGCACGUUACAUGUGGUGUGGCCUAGUAUGCACCCAUGCUGGAUGCAUGCCACUUUCAGUAGCUGCCAGAUGUGCCUUUAAUUAACAUCUCUAACUUUUUUUCUUCAGAUCAAGUCAGCAUUUGGGAGUGGGACUAGGGUAGGGGGGUUGGGAUUGCAAAUAUCUGGUGAAAACACCAGAAAAUUUGUUUGUCAAAGUGACAUGUAUACUUUUAGUUGAGAUGUGUCUGUAUAUAUAUAUGUGUAUUUGCCUUUGUUUAGUAGCACGGUUAUUUGCUAAAGUAAUUGUCAAAAAAAAAAAUGCUCUGUCUUACUCUGAUGUAAGAACAAAGUGUGGUCUCUACAUCUCUAACGGCCUUUGUACCUGACCAUAUUUAUAGGUACUCUUUGUCCUCUAUGUGUAGCCGUAUUCGGUUUGCAUUAAAAGUGAAAAUAAUGGCUGUUGUUUUCCUGGCAUUACUGAGAUAAAUUGAAAAGUAAUAAAAAUAAUGCCUUACAUAGCCCACAA